AUGAGGAUUCUGCCGGGCUCGGGGUGGCGGCUGCUGGCCUUCUGUCUGCUGGUGUUCGCCCCUGCGUCUGUUCGAGGCUGUUUAUCCCAGGAGUUCAGCUGUGGCCAGGGGUUAUGUUUACCCAACGACUGUGUGUGUGACUUCACCGAUAACUGUGGAGAUGGCAGCGAUGAAAGAGACUGUUCUAGAUAUAAGCGUUGUGACUUUGAGGAGGGGUUCUGUGAGCUGAUCGGGACCUCAGAAACCACAUCUGAAUGGACCAGAACCAUUGAGGUCCCAGGACUCAAACAUGACCACAAUAAACAGUCAGCACAUUUCCUGUCCCUGUUGUCUGUCAGAGGAAACAGAACCACCGCUGAUUUAAAGGGUCCCAUCUUCCAGCCCAGUCAGACAUGUCAGAUGAGUUUCUACUAUUACACUGCGGCAAAGCAUGGAGAUCUCCAGGUCCUGAUCCAAACUCAUCCACUGGAUCAGAGCAGAUCAGUGUGGAAAUACCCACAGCCACAGGAGAAGACAUGGCAGCAGGCAGUGGUUCAGUUUUCCAGUAAUUACAGUUUUCAGGUGGUCAUUCGAGGAGAACAUUCAGCUGACAGCGAAGCCUCUGAGGUCCUGGCCAUUGAUGACCUAUCCUUCAGUCCCGGCUGCGAGACCGUGCCUGAGAGCAGUGUGGCCCCGCCAGCUGACUGCCUCCCCCCAUGGUUUUCCUGUGGCGGUGGAGAGUGUAUAGAGGAAAGCAAAGUGUGUGACUUUACCCCAGACUGUCCCCACGGAGAAGAUGAAGCCAGCUGCCCUUCUAAGUGUGACUUCGAGGCUGGUUCUUGUGGCUGGUAUGAGCUCACCCUUGGAGAUGGCUUUGACUGGGUCAGGGGCUCAUCUAUGCAGGUACCGCCAGACUACUACGGCCGCCCGCCGCCCCCAGACCACUCCACCAACAGCACCGAGGGCCACUUCAUGUUUAUAUUAAAAAACAGUAGCAGUCUUUAUCCAACGGCUGUUCUCAGGGGACCGUGGUUUCAACAAUCGGCGUCUGGAUGCACCCUCAGCUUCUGGCAUUAUAACUCUGGUAUCUCUGUGGGGACUGCUAAUAUGUACCUACGCAUUAAAGGAGUUCAUAACAACACGAUCAUCUGGAGAACUUUGUACGACCAGGGACCCAAGUGGAACUAUGUCACGGUUCAGCUGGGACGCAUCACUUGGCCCUUUCAGAUCGCUUUGGCUAAAAUCAGCCUGGGUGUGUUUGAUGGUGUAUCUGCCAUGGAUGAUAUCAGCUUCAAGAACUGUUCAAUGCCCCCCGCAGUGGAGGUGUGCCCCCCCAACACGCAUUUUCACUGCAUACAUACUAAGGCAUGUGUGGAGCACUCACAACGCUGUGACCUGGUAGAUGACUGUGGGGAUGGAUCGGAUGAGGAAGGAUGCUCUCCAGAACUUCAGUGUAACUUUGAACACGGACUCUGCAGCUGGAAACAAGAGCAGAGUGGAGGAGAUGUAUUUGACUGGACUCGCAUCCAAGGCCCCACUCCGUCGUUUCACACAGGACCCUGGAAAGACCACACAUUAGGCACCAGCUAUGGCCACUACCUCUACAUCGAAUCAUCCGUCCCCCAGGAAUUCAAGGACACGGCUGUGUUACUGAGCCGAGCCUUCCAGCCCACCCACCGCCGUGCUGAGGACCCGUCCAGAGCCCGCCACCCCUGUGUUUUCCGCUUCCAUUACCACAUGUUUGGCUCCCAUGUGUUCUGCCUGGCGGUCUACCUCAGGACCACUGCUACAGGCCGCGGCCAGAUGCUGUGGGUACGCUAUGGAGACCAAGGAAACCUGUGGCACAGGAAAACACUUUACCUCAACAGUGCUCGGCCUUUCCAGAUUUUGAUUGAAGGUACAGUUGGAGAUGAUUUCAACGGUGAUAUUGCCAUCGAUGACCUUUCCUUCUUACACUGUGACCCAUAUGACGGAGAGCUUCCUACAGCAAAUAGCACAACGCCCACAGUGACCACUCCACCUCCCACAGUUCAGCCCCACAGCUGCCCCGAUGGACAGUUUGGAUGUGAAACCCACGGGGAGUGUAUUCCCCACAGCAAAGUAUGUGACUUCAGGCAGGACUGCACUGAUGGCUCAGAUGAAGCGAACUGCGUGAAGGAACUGUGUGACUUUGAAGGUGGUGACACCUGUGGUUGGCAGAGUGCUGACCCCUCUCUGGUGCCGAUCCAUGCAUUUCGUUGGGCACCAGACCAGGGAGAAAGCAUCCAUGAUGGAGAGCAGUACCACCGCCCUAUUAAUGACCACACACUAGGCAGCCCUGAAGGUUGGUACAUGUGUGCAGACAGUUCAAAUGGUGGCUAUGGUCACACCACCGACCUCCAGACACCUGUCAUCUCCUCCACUGGACCUCAGUGCACCCUGAUCUUCUGGUAUCACAUGAGUGGAUUUACUGUGGGGUCACUGCAGGUGCUGCAGAAGUAUGGAAAUAUAACCCAUGAGGUUUGGUCUCAGACUGGUAACCAAGGCAACAAAUGGAGGCGUGGGGAAGUGUUUAUAGGUUUAUCCAGUAACUUCCAGGUUGUAUUCAGAGCUAAGCGAGGCAUUAGCUACAUGGGUGAUGUGGUGAUAGAUGAUGUCCUCUUCCUUCACUGCUCCCCUCUGCUGCCGUCAGACCAACCAUGUACACCAGAUGAAUUUGCCUGUGCCAACGGCCACUGCAUCCCCCAAGAAAACCUGUGUGAUUUCAUCAACCACUGUGGGGACAACUCUGAUGAAGACCCCUACAUCUGCAAGGGCUUUAACGGAUGCUGUAGUUUCGAGUUUGACCUCUGUUCCUGGCGCCAGAGUCAACAAGAUAACUUUGAUUGGCUGAUCAAAGCGGGAAGUACUCCGACAAUUGGCACAGGGCCAUCAAGUGACCACACGCUGAGAGACCCUUCAGGCCACUACCUUUACUUGGAGAGCUCCUUCCCGCAGGCAGCUGGAGACGUCGCCCGAAUAACAGGACCGAUGCUCAGUCACAGGAGCAAACUCUGCAAGAUGCGUUUCUACUUUCACAUGUCUGGAGAAGGAAUCGGGACCCUCAGUGCAUUCAUACUAAGUAAAGGACAAAUCCAUCUCCUGCUGAACCUGACGGGGGAUCAAGGAAACUACUGGCAGAUGAGGGAGAUCCCGCUGAGCUCCACGGGCGACUUCCAGGUCAUGUUUGAGGGCAAGGUGGGCCGAAAUCCAAAGGGCGACAUCUGCCUGGAUGACAUCACCUUUUCUCCAGGAUGUCUGCUCGCUUCCUCAGGUGGAGUAGAGGACACCACGCCCCCGCCGUCUGCAGAUUCUUGUCCUUCAGGCUUUCUGCCUUGUGGAAAUGGCCGAUGUUUCACUCCAGGGCAGAGCUGUGACUUCAAAGAUGACUGCGGCGAUGGCACCGAUGAAAAGGAUUGUGGGACUUCCUGCUCUUUUGAGGAUGGCCGCUGUGGAUGGAAGAGCUCCCUGGCUGAUAAUUUUGAUUGGACGCUGGGUACAGGAUCUUUCCAAAGAAUACGGCCGCCAUAUGACCACACUUUACAGGACGAAAACGGUCAUUUUGUCUAUCUUGAAGCUACACCAGUGGGAUUGAAAGGUGAUAAAGCUCAUAUCAGGAGCUCCGUGUGGAAAGAGUCAAGUGCUAUCUGCAAGCUCUCCUUCUGGUACUAUAUUUCUCACAAGGCUUCGGGAACAAUUCGCCUGCUGAUCAAGACGGAGAAUGAUUUGUGGGAGAUGUGGAACAAAACGGGGCAUCAAGGGAACAAAUGGAACCGAGCUGAGAUCCCCCUGCGAAAGCUGAGGAACUUUGAGGUGAUAUUUGAGGGGAUCCGUUCGAGGGAUGUGAGCGGAGGAGCCGCCCUGGAUGACCUGGAGUUUAUAGACUGUGCCCCACCUGCAAAACCUGUGAGUUGCCCUGCUGUCACAGACUUUUUGUGCCACAGCGGCCAUUGCAUCGAGUCCCACCUGGUGUGCGACAACAAGGCAGACUGCGCUGAUGGGUCCGACGAGAUAGACUGCGAUCAUGUAGUUCAGUCGCCAGGAUCCUGCAAUUUCAACCUGGAAGGGAGCCAAUGGGAGGAUAGGUGCCAGCUUUCUCAGGACACUAAUGCUGACUUUUACUGGACGAUCAGUGACCAGACAAACACACCAGGAACCGGACCUCCUUCUGAUCACAGUCCCAGUGGUGGAGGGAAGUACCUGUACAUACACUCAGCCGUUCAGAGGGAAGGGGACGUUGCCAAGGUGAUGACCAGGAAGUCACUACCAGCCAGCAUCGGCCUGUGUCACCUGCGCUUCUGGUACUACAUGUACGGAUCUGAUAGGAUGGGAACGCUGAAGGUUUAUACUGUUGGUCCCAGUGGCAUUCCUCUGCUGAUGUGGGCAGCCACUGGUAACCAUGGCAACCAGUGGACAUAUGCCAAUGUCAUCCUGUCAAACCCGGCACCUUUCAGAGUGACUUUCCAGGCCGAGGUGGGCGGAGACAUAUGGACAGACAUCGCCCUGGACGACAUCUCCUACACUGCAGAGUGCAUGGUCGGAGGACCGGUAACUCCUCAGCCUCUGACCUGCACUGUGGACCAGUUCCAGUGUAAAUACUCAUUCCAGUGCAUCUCAGAGAGCUGGUGGUGUGACGGAGAACUGGACUGUGUGGACCGGUCAGAUGAAGAGUACUGUCCCACCGUGGUACCUGGGACCCUUCCCCCUCAGGACCGCUGUCCCACCGGAUAUUUCCAGUGUUCAAAUGAUGUCUGCUUGCCCUCCAUACUGCGCUGUGAUGAAGUACCCGACUGCCCAGCGGGAGAGGAUGAGUACAACUGCCCUCUGCUGCAGUGUGAAGUGGGAGAACUGGUGUGUGAAGGUUCGCCCGGUUGUAUCCCAUUUCAGAAGCGCUGUGACCAAACUGCCGACUGUCAGCCUUUCCACUCCGAUGAGUCCAGCUGCCAUGAUUGUCCUGUGAUGUAUUGUAUGGAUCACGGCUCUUGCCAUGUGGACAGACAUGGGCCUGUGUGCAUGUGUAAUCAAGGAUGGACUGGAAAUCGCUGCCACGUGAGAGAGAAACCCCCUCUGUCCACCCCAGCACCCAAACCUGAGGACACCAAUCUAGAUGCUGUGUACACUGGCAUCGCCAUCGGUCUGCUGCUGCUGACAGCUGGAGUCACUGUCUGCAUUCUGGCUUUAUGUAAGAAAAAGUGCUGCUUAAUAAAGCCCAACAUGAUGGACUACGGCAUGAUGGAUGACCCCGCCUUGGACUUGAGAGCAGAGCCGCUGCCGCUGGAUGAAAGGCCCGGCGUUAACCCCAGCAGAAGCGCCGCUGGCCGGGGGCUUUCCAUUAGCGUCUAUCCCUGGAGGAGGGAGGUGGAGCAGACUAUGACCUGGAAAGAUUCCAAGCUGUCCUUUGCCAAUCCAUUGUACAACUCCCCUUCUGAUGCUAAUGCUGCUGACUGCAAAAGUUCCGAAGCAUGAAAAUGAUGGACUUAACUUAUUGAUACUGCAGUAGAUCUGGAUCAAGCAGUGUGUGCAAAUACUCAGUGAUUUCCCUUGACUUGCAUCAACUUAGUACCAAACAGAGGAGACCAUAACAAUAACAUGAAGGAAACUUUGGGCAUUUUGUAAUGAUGUAUUUAAAGGUACAGUGAAGUAUUUAGGGGGAUCUGCAACAGUCACAACGACAAAACUAAGAUUGGUUGUAUUUUCAUGAUUUUAGAAUGAGUUGUGUAUAUCC